AUGAAUGAAACGGCUGAAGAUGUGUUCGCUCCGUUUUUCGGAUGCUAUUUACUUCUCAGCGAUUCACAAAAUCCAAAAUUUAAAAAUCGAACAUAUGUCGGCUUUACGGUAAAUCCUAGUCGACGAUUAAAGCAGCACAAUCGUGGAAUAGUGGCUGGCGGAGCUUGGCGAACUAAUGACAAAGGUCCUUGGAAGAUGGUGCUGAUUGUUCAUGGCUUUCCGAAUCGAAUUUGUGCUCUUCGAUUCGAAUGGGCCUGGCAACACCCAAAAAAGUCUCGUCGUCUCAGAGAUUUGCAUUUGACUCAAAGGUGCAACGAAACUCACCUUAACUACCACUUGCGUAUCUUAGCUAGCAUGUUGGCCAUCGGUCCAUGGAAUCGUCUUCCUUUGACGUUGAGGUGGUUUCAUGAACAGUACAAGAUUCAGAUGCCUUUCACUCCAUCACGCCCUUCCCAUAUCCCUGAGGUUGCUGGUCAAAUUAAGAUCGUACGAAACAAAUCAAGCAUGGCGUGUUUUGAUCAGGAAAUUACUUGUCAUAUCUGUGCUACAGAAGUCACGCAACAUGCGCCCGUACGCUGUUCGAACGAAUCCUGCAAAACAUUUUUCCACAAGAUCUGCCUUGCAAGAAAGUUCCUUGAAAACGAACCAAAGUUUUUGCUGCCGAUUAGUGGUCAUUGUCCAGUGUGCAGUACGCCCCUACUGUGGGGUGCACUGAUAGCUGCCUGCAAUGAAAACAUCAUAGAUUCCAGUGACAGCGAUAUCGAUUUCGAAUAG